AUGGAGCUGCCCCGGGACACGGCCAAGGUUUCCAACGCGGCUGAUAACCACAGCGGGCGGGUCCACACCCUGUACACAGCCCCCGUACUGCAGCGGGGGCCCCGCACCAACCUGGAAGCCAUGCACUCCAGAGCGUCGUUGUUUUCCUCGGGCCGGAACUUCCAGGAGAGAGACCAUGGCAAGACCACGUACCUGCCCAAGGACCAGGCCAAGGAGGGCGCGGGACACCGGCUCCUGAACAUGCUGAGAAAAACGCUUAAAGGGUCUGAAAGUAAAGAACUGGAAGUAACACCUGAGGCACCCACUUUGGUGCCGUUUGGGGAUGUGGUUGGCUGCCUGGCUAUUCAUGUAAAGAACUGCAGACAUUUUACGCCUAAGAUUGGUUUACAACAUUACAAUAAUUUCUUCAUUCGCAUCUCUAUAAACAAUAUUGUGAAAUCUACAAAACUUUGUGGCUUGCUACCCCAAAACAAUGAAAAGAACACUAUAAUUAAGUUUAACGAAGUGAAGUAUUUUUCCGUACAGGUUCCCAGACGUCAAGACGAUGAGCGGAAUAAUAUUUACUUGGAACUAAUGCAAUAUGACAAUACAGAAAAAUAUCCUCUCUUGUUGGGGAGUGUUCAGGUCCACCUUUAUGAAGUAAUUCAGAAAGGAUGCUUUAUUGAAGAAUUUCAAAUGUUGAAUAAAAACACACUUAUCUGCAGGAUGGAGGUGGAAUUUAUGUUCUCCUAUGGGAACUUUGGUUAUGGAUUUUCACAUCAGUUAAAACCUCUUCAGAAAAUUAUUGAGCCAUCCAUGUUUAUGAAUAUUGCACCACCUCCAGAAAGAACAGACCCUAUAACAAAUGUUAUUAUACCACAGCCAAUAGAAUAUCCAGCAUUCUUAUCCCCAGACCUGAAUUUUACUGUUGGGAAGCCAGCUGCAGUGCCUCAAUCCAACCAGCCAUCUGUAGUGCGACUUGAAAAACUUCAACAACCACCUCGGGAAAGGCUGGAAAAAAUGAAAAAAGAAUAUAGAAAUCUGAGUACAUGGAUAGAAAAAGCCAGCUACUUAGAAAGAGUUCUUACCCCAAAAUUGGAAAGAAAAAAAUCUAAGGGAAGUAAUACCAGUGAGGUACUUGAAAGCCAACUUGAAGAGAAGCCUGAAGAUGCUGUAACAUCAGAUGUCCCUCUUGUAAAGGAGGAAGCUGAAACUAUUCCAAGUGAGUUACUGGAUAAUGAUGAUGAGAAAGGCCUGACGCUGCCAACUUUGAACCAACCAGAUCAAGAUAAUUCAAAUGCCGUUGCUCCUGAAAGUGAUGAAUCAACAAAGCCAACAGAUGCUCCAUUGCUCAUAAUUCCUAACCUGACAAUAACAGAAGAUGGCAAAACAUCACCUUUAGAGGAACACCAGUCGGAAGCUGUGCCGGAUGGAACAAUGAAAAAUGGAUUCUUUCCACCAGAAGUAAAAUUGAAAGAUAGAUAUCCAAGUCUUUUAAGAACAGACUCAUCUCCAUCAGAGGUGGUUUUUUCACCAAAAGAAUACAUUUCACCAUCUUUCAGACCAGAAUAUCAAGAAUUCAAACCAAAAUAUCGGUUCCAGAAAUUCAACAUCAAGGACGGUUUUGAUCCUUUUCUAAGGAAUAUAAACAACAAAUUGUCAGUCAGAAAAAAGAAAGACCGAGAUAUGUCCAAAUGUAGAAACAUUUUAAGUGCAGAGGUUAUAGAGCAUGAAGACCAAGAUCCUCCUUACCCGAAACAGUCAAAACCUGCACGACCUCCUAAUAAAUCCUGGCCCUUCUGUGAUCCUGACAACAUCACAAUAAAGACUUUAGAUACUAAGAAUAAGUUAGCUCAUGAUCCUGGUAUCACCACAAUAAAGACUUUAGAUACUAAGAAUAAGUUAACGAAAAGACUACCAAGUGUAUCUUUACCAAACUUUGAAGGAGAAUCAUCAGUGACUGGAAAUAUAAAUGUGAAUACACGUUUCCUCUCAAAAUCAUUAAGUUUUACUUCUCACGUAGAAAAUUUGAAACAAUCAAUGGUACUCAAGUCAAUUUUAAGUAAAAAUCUGCAAGACCUUUCAGAUAAAUUAUUUUCUAGACCAGAAUUUCCUAUGGACACUGAAACAGGAAAGAAAAAUCAUAGUUCUUCACUUCUAAGUGUUCAUGAUGAACCACCAAGUAGUUUGGAAGACAGAGUACUUGAAAAAAUUCAAGAUUUAAAUAGCUGGCUUUCAGAAGGAAACGUUUUAAAUUCAAAGUCUCUUUUAAGUCAAAUAAUUAAAGAUAUUCCUGCAGAAUCACUUUCAGAAGGUGGACCAGGAAAUUCUUCAGAGGUAGAAAAGGAACUUGUCUCUGAAAAACAUUUAGAGGCUGGUGAGAAAGAUUUUCCAAUUAAAAAAAAGAGUAGUUUCAAAAAGAAACAUUUAAAAAUUGAAGUGUCCAGCUCCAAACCAGAUUUAAAUGCCACUGCACAUGAUUAUAUUAUAAAGCAAAUAUUCACUGCACCGUUCUUCUCCAAGUUGGAGAUCGGAGUGAAAGAAUCUAGUGAAACACAGAUGAACUUGCAGAAUCAAUUACCCACAGCUUGGGAGAGUUUAUCUUCAAAUAUUCUAGUUCACUAUGAAGAAGAUGAUGAUGAAAUGGAAUUGCCACAGGCUGAAUCUGUUAUAAGCCAGAUAAUACAAGCAUUUCCUGUAGAUACUCUUUUAGAAUCUGGGAUAAUCCAAGUGGUAGAAUUGGGUAAAGAAUACCGGAAGAGCUCUUUGCUAGAUACAGAGACAGUCUUUGCUGAAGAAAACCCAAAGGAUUCCACAGAGGACUAUUCAGAAAUCAAAAGCAAAACAGAAUCUCUUUCAGAGCAGAAUAUACCCACCAUUCCCAAAGAAAUUACUUCAUUUUUUAAUACAGUUGAAUUUAUAGAUGAAGGCCAAAAUAUAUCCCCACAACAUUCAAUAUAUCAGUCAACACCAGAUAAAAAAACAGAUUUGCCAAGUAAUGGUCAGAGGCUUGAUAGAGAAGAAAAUGAUCUAAGUUCUACUUUAGAAAAUUUAAGUAACUCGUUAACGAGUAAACUUAAUGAGUCAGAUGUAAUAAUGUUAAAAUCCUUUUUAAAAAACAUAUUUAAUGUUUUUUUCAAAUGUAGUCAGUCUGAAAGAAGACAACCAGAAAAAGAAUUAGAAAGACUAAUUCAACAUCCUUUUCCAAAUAAUACAGAAGACCUUGAAGAAAUCAAAGAGAAUUUUGAUAAAGCAGACGAAUUAGACAGAAAACCUGUUUUGAGUCCAAAGCUGCGUGUAUUUCUAGAAGAACUCUCAGAGUCAGAAAUAAAAAAUUUAAAAUCUGAAUUAAGUAAACAUAUCCAACAUUACCUUGUAGAAAGACUUUCAGAAUCAGGACAUAUCACCAAAGAGGACUUACCAAAAAUCCAUCAAAAUCUCUGUUUGAUGAAUGAGAAAGCAGAACCAGAAGGGCAAAAUCUUUUUCUGGAGAAAUAUUCAGAAACUGUAAAAGAAAUUGUGUCUUUUGUAAAUAAUUUUAAUCAUCAUUUCAUAGAUAAACAUUUGGAAAUAAAGCUAAGAUCUUUUUUAAAUGAAAUUCUCCAAAACUAUUUCCUAAAAAACCUUUCCGAAAGCAGUUUAUUUAAAGAGACAGACUCUGAGCCUAUACACUCAAACAUAUGUUCUCGAAGAGCUAAAAGUGCCUCAAUAUCUUUUCCUGAGUUAGGACAAGAUAUUUCAACGGGGAGUUUUGGUAGAAGGCUUGAAAUAAACAUGAAAUGUCCUUUAAAUCAGUCUCUACAGAACUAUCUUAUAGCUUUAUCAGAAACUGAACUAUUAAAUCUAAAAGCUGAUUUAAGCAAACACCUCCAGAGCCUUUUUAUACAAAAACUUUCAAAAUCAGGACUAAUCACAGAAAGGCAAUUAGAGGGGAUCAACCAGCAUAUAAAUUGGAUUAAUUCUGGUUCCACACCAUUAAAAUGUAUAAAGCCAGAUUUAUCUCUUAGAGAUGAAAAUCAAUUUAUGGAGGAUCAUUCAGAAAAGCAAAAUAAACGUUCAAAAAUUGUUCAAAAAACUUUACAAAAGGUUUCUGAGGAUAGACGUGUAGAAACACAAUUGACCAGAAAGGAAGAAAAGGAAUAUUUUUCCUUACAGAAUAUUAAAGAAAAUCCAUCAAUAAUUAGGGAACAGAAAAGAUGUUAUCCUAAAGAAGGAGCUAAAACACUGAGCUUAAUUAAAGUACAAGCUUCUCCCAACAAAAAUACCCAGGAGAUUCCGUUAAAUAAGUCAUCAGAAAGACUUUCAGACGCAGUGCUUAAGAAACAAAGGAAAGAACAUGGCUUCAUGCAGCUUCCUCGAGCAGAAAAUUUUGAUUUUAAAACAGAGAUUCAAGACCCACAUAGUUGGAGUGGUAAAUCAAAAAUACCUCAAUCAAAUGCUUGCUUUGAAAGGACACUAAAAACGAGGUCCCCUGAAAAAAAGGAGCAUAGCAACAUCUCUAAAUUGGUGACACAGAAAAGAUCUGAAGCAGUACUGCCACCGUUUCCAAGAAUUCCUAAUUGCAAAAUGCCAAAUGAAGAUGAAGAAUACGUAAACAAACUCACUUUUCCUUCCAGGCAGAACAACGCUUUAACUCAUUUCAAUUCUGAGGCUGGGGAAAAAUCAAAAUUAGACCAGUAUUGUCAGAGAUUGAAAGGAAAUAAUAACAAUAAUAAAAAACAACAUCUAGUAACAUUUGCACAUUACAAAAAAGAAAUACAAACUCUUUAUAUAAAACCAAAUGAAAUUUGCAGUGAAAAAUGUGCCAAGGUCUCUGAAUCACAGUCAUUUAAAUAUAAAGUUGUAGAAGCUGAGAAAAACUCAAAACCACCCCUCUUCCCGGAAGUAUUAAAGAGAGCAGUUCUAAAGCCCAAGGUCCGGAAAGAAAGAGACCAUGUCAGCAAACCAAAGAAGUCAUUUGGCAAGAUAGUUAGGAUCCUGCCAGCCACGCUGCCCGCCCCAAGGCUUCUAAGGAAGUCUGCGCCCAGGACAUUGCUGCGCUGGACGGCAAGGAGAACUGUGCAUGAUUGUUUGGAUAGAUUUGAGGAUUCACCUGUGACCUCAUUUAAGCAUCUUGAAAACACCAAAUCAAGAGCAAGGCUCUUAGGGAAGAGCCCCGGCGACGCCCAGGUGCCAGAUCCGGUAAAACUUUCAGUGAGGCCCUACACAGCGCCCCAGGGUCUCCAACGCCGAGAGGGCCACGCUGGGAAGUUCACAAGUCCUCGGAUAGUUUCAGCAGGCUUAGUUCAUGUAAAUGAUACAAUCCCAGAUUAUGAAAUCCAUAAAAUGCAGCAAAAGAAAAAAUUAAAAGAGAAUAUUGAAAAACGUUCGCUCAUUUGUGAUAUUAUCCAAAUGUUAAACAGUUCAGAAUGAUGCGUGAGGCCAACCGUCAGAAUAUCAUCUCUCCAGUUAGC